AAUGUAAAAAAAUUAAAAUGUUAAAUUUAGGAAAAGUCAAAUCUCCGUCGCUUUUGUUCUCCUCUUCAAUCCCUAAUCAACCGACCAAAAACGGCCGUCACUUGUAAUCAUCAGCGAACCAGAAACCCUAAAUCACCAACUACCUCCGUCGCCGUUAGUUUCACUUGACGGCGACGAGGAGGAGAAGAAGAUGUCGAUAGAGAUGCCAAGAGGUCUACCCUUCUCCGUCGACACUUUCGGACCGAACACGACGACCAAGAGGAUGAAGAGACACCAUUUCUUGACUCAUGCUCACAAAGACCACACCGUCGGGAUUUCACCCUCUAACGUCGCCUUCCCAAUCUACUCCACUUCCCUCACCAUCUCUCUCCUCCUUCAACGCCACCCUCAGCUCGAUGAGUCUCUCUUCGUGAGGAUUGAGAUUGGGGAAACAGUGAUCGUUGAUGAUCCGGACGGAGGUUUCAAGGUUACUGCUUUCGAUGCCAAUCAUUGUCCUGGAGCUGUCAUGUUCUUGUUUGAAGGGCGUUUCGGUAACAUACUUCACACCGGUGAUUGUAGGCUUACACGUGACUGUAUACAUAACCUCCCUGAGAAGUAUGUAGGAAGAGAAGGUAAGGCGCCAAAGUACUGUCUUGAUUACAUCUUCUUGGAUUGCACAUUUGGGAAAUCCUCUCAGAGGUUUCCGACCAAACACUCAGCAAUCAGACAGAUCAUCAAUUGUAUAUGGAACCACUAUGAUGCACCGGUUGUGUAUCUUGCUUGUGACAUGUUGGGCCAAGAGGAGAUUCUAUUAGAGGUUUCAAGAACCUUUGGAUCCAAGAUUUACGUCGACAAAGCUACAAACUUGGAGUGUUUCAGAUCGUUAAUGGUUAUAGCUCCUGAGAUCGUCUCUGAAGAUCCUUCUUCCAGGUUUCACAUAUUCAGUGGGUUCCCUAGACUCUACGAAAGAGCAAGCGUUAAACUCGCUGAGGCGAGAUCGAAACGCGAGAGCGAACCUCUUAUCAUCCGCCCUUCAGCUCAGUGGUAUGUCUGCGAUGAUGAUGAAGAUGAUUAUUGCCAGAGUGUGAGCCAAAUUCAAAAGCAGAGGAAAGUUCGGUUUAAUGAAGCUGUCAAGGACGAGUUUGGUGUUUGGCAUGUGUGUUACUCGAUGCAUUCAUCACGAGAAGAGUUGGAAUCAGCGAUGAGAGUUUUGUCUCCGAGAUGGGUUGUGUCAACGGUUCCUUCUUGUAGAGCAAUGGAGCUGGACUAUGUUAAGAAGAACUGUUUCAUCAGUCGGUUUUCUUCUGAUGAUCCUUUCUGGAAGCUUCUAGACAUCGACAUGGAAGUUUCUUCAGGUGCUGUAACUGAUACUCAGACAGUAACUCUUAGUUGCUGUCUCGUGAGUGAUGUGGAUUUUGCAAAUACCAAGAUGGAACCAGUGAUUGAAGCCUCUACUAUAAAGAAGCAGCUUCUGAGUUUAUCCCCUGAGAAAAAUAACCUUCCUGUAACUCUGUUUGGGAGAGCAAGGCUAAGCUCUCAGGUCUCUGAUCAACUACACGAGAGGAAAGUUGUACACAGUGCAUGUGUGGAGAAGCUGAAUCUUGAGGAAGUAGUUGAGUAUGGUACCAAACAAGAAACAGUGGAGGAGGCAUCUUGUAGAAGCUUUUCUUCUUCGUCUCCAAAGGAGAGUUGCAGAGAUCUUAGUGGUGAAUUGAGAAAGCUAUACAGAUCAAUGAAUGCACCUGUGCCCCGGCCGCUACCAUCGUUGACGGAGCUUAUGAACGCUAGAAAACGCUCUCGGAAAAGCUUCAAGUUAUAAUGGGUUUGAAAUUGAUGGGCCCAAAUGGGCCCGUUAUGAACUUAAUGUGGUGAUUCAUAUAUGUACACUGUGUUGUCACUUGUCAGUUGUCACAAAAAGAAAAAAGUGGAAGACACGUGUCUUCAACUGUUCAUAUGAAUCAAUUACUUCUCUGCUUUUACUAAUUAACCUUUCUUUUUACUGCGAGUAGCAUGUAAAAAUUGUUACAGAAAUAAAAUAAUUAGCUGGUCCCACAUGGUUUGUUCACCAUCUUCAACACUUUUCUCCUUCACCGAAAAGCACAAACAAUCAAACCCUUUCCUCUCCAAAUUCUCACUCUCGACUUUCUGGUUCUAGAAGAGGUGCUAAGUUCGAAACGACGGCGAAGUGUAAUCCCUAAGAUAACCGUCGAUUUCCAUCGUUGUUUGACUAUCUUCUUCUUCUUCGCUCGUCGUACAUUGUGGACGGACGCAAAUGGAAAGUUAACAGUCGAUUUGCAUGAAAGUUAUUGUCAG